AAAUUAUGCUCUCAAAUUCUCAUCUCUUUCUUCAUUCUCUUCCAAAUAUUUGAAUAUAACACAAGAAAAAAGGGAAGCCAAAAAUGGAAAACAUAAGACUCCAUAUUGUUUUCUCCAUGAUUCUUUUUGCAUGCCUCACAUCAAAUAGUCACGGACUGAAAACGCAAAGUGAAGCUCUUUCCCGUUUAUACAAAAACAAGUUGAAAACUAAAACCCAAAUCGACACAAGUCCUUUCAGCGCUAUUGCCGAUUUUUCUGAAGAACGAAUUCAAUCACAUAAAUGGUUGAAAAAUAACGACCUAAUCACAGAAUUGCCCGGGCAACCGCCAGUCAAUUUCAGCCAGUAUAGUGGAUAUGUCACCGUAAAUCCUAGUACAGGACGAGCUCUCUUUUAUUACUUUGUUGAGGCUGAUCCAGAAAAAUCGAGUGAAUUUCCGCUUCUUCUUUGGCUCAAUGGAGGACCUGGUUGUUCUUCUCUUGGUUUGGGAGCAAUGGAGGAAUUGGGUCCAUUUCGAGUUAACAGUGACGGGAAAUCACUCUACAAAAACGAUAACGCAUGGAACCUUGUUGCAAAUGUGUUGUUUUUGGAGACACCUGCUGGGGUUGGGUUUUCAUAUUCAAACACGACGACUGAUUAUGAGAAAAGUGGGGACAAACAAACGGCUAUUGAUAAUUAUGUGUUUUUAUUGAAAUGGUUGAAGAGAUUUCCAGAAUACAAGGACAGAGAGUUUUACAUAGCUGGGGAAAGCUAUGCUGGGCACUAUGUGCCCCAGUUGGCUCAGACCAUUCUCCAUCACAACAAAAAGUCCGGAAGACCUAUUAUCAACUUGAAAGGGAUGAUUAUUGGGAAUGCUGCGAUCAACGAUGAUACCGACGAUUUAGGGAUGAUAGAAUAUUUUCAAACCCAUGCUUUGAUAUCCAAAGAGACAUUGAAUCAAUAUUUGGAGUACUGUUAUUAUUCUGAUAACGCUGACGAUGAAUGUGAUAAAGCUUGGGACCAAAUUGCAGAAGUCUUCAAAGACAUUGAUGUUUAUAACAUCUAUGCCCCAUUGUGCCACAAUUCUAACCUCACCGAAAUUCCCAAGAAGGCUUCAGUACUUAAUUUUGAUCCCUGCAGUGACUACUACGUAUAUGCAUACCUCAACAGGCCCGAUGUUCAAAAGGCGUUUCACGCCAAUGUCACGAAGUUACCUUACGAUUGGGAUUCUUGCAGCACCGUCCUCAAGAAUUGGACAGACAGCCCAGAAACUGUUCUCCCUAUCCUCCACGAGUUAAUGGCUAAUGGGAUUCGAGUUAGUAUAUACAGGUCCGCACGCCUUAGCUCGUCGCCGCACAUUGUGCGACGUCUUUCCAACACCUCUCCACAUUCGUGCGUCGCCGUCUCAUUUUCAAUCGUUCUGCCGCCGCCGCCGCCGCCCGCCAUAGUUGUGGCCUCACCUUUUUUCGGUCGUACGAGCAACCUUGGAUGCGUCUUCGGCUUGGCAGCGACACGUCCUCUUCUGCCGGGGUGGUUCACGGUGGCAAAACACAGUGGUCUGAAAAUGGCGGAUGAACGUGUGGCUUGGGAUAUUGGGGGGUUGAAUUUAAAAAUUUGA